CAGCAGAUGCAAUCGCGGAUGUGGCUUAGUCCUUGCAGCUGCCCCAGAGAGGUGCUCGGGAGCGUUCAGUCUGCAGUAAUGAAUCCAGAAGAGCGCGUCGUGACCUGGCUCAUAUCCUUGGGAGUAUUAGAUUCCCCCAAAAAGACCAUCUGUGAUCCGGAGGAGUUCUUGAAGUCCUCGUUGAAAAAUGGGGUAGUGCUGUGCAAACUGAUCAACAGACUAAGGCCUGGCUCUGUAGAAAAGUACUGUCUGGAGCCCCAGACUGAAGCUGACUGCACCAACAACAUCAAUGACUUCCUGAAAGGAUGUGCAGCCCUUCAAGUGGAGAUAUUUGAUCCUGAUGACCUUUAUGCAGGGGUCAAUUUCUCCAAGGUUCUGAACACUCUUUUAGCUGUCAACAAAGCAACAGAAGAUCAGCUCUCAGAAAGGCCAUGUGGACGUUCCUCUUCUCUUAGCGCUGCUAAUAGUUCUCAGACAAACCCACAGGGAGCAGUUUCUAGCACAGCUCCAGGACUGCAAAGGCAGUCAAAGCCAGUGGAGAUGACAGAAAAUGGAAGUCACCAGUUGAUAGUAAAGGCAAGAUUCAACUUUAAGCAGACUAAUGAAGAUGAGCUGUCUGUCUGUAAAGGGGACAUCAUUUACGUCACUAGAGUUGAAGAAGGAGGCUGGUGGGAAGGCACAUUAAAUGGGAGAACGGGCUGGUUCCCUAGUAAUUAUGUCCGAGAAAUUAAAUCCAGUGAGAGACCUCUCUCCCCCAAGGCUGUCAAAGGAUUUGAAGCGACUCCACUUACCAAGAAUUAUUAUACUGUGGUGUUACAGAAUAUCUUGGACACUGAAAAAGAUUAUGCUAAAGAACUUCAAUCUCUUCUUGUUACUUACUUAAGACCCCUGCAGUCCAAUAACAAUCUGAGUACUGUGGAGUUUACAUCUUUAUUGGGAAACUUCGAGGAAGUAUGCACAUUUCAACAGACGCUCUGCCAAGCCUUGGAAGAAUGUUCAAAGUUUCCAGAAAACCAACACAAAGUAGGUGGUUGUCUUCUGAGCCUCAUGCCUCAUUUUAAAUCUAUGUAUCUGGCUUACUGUGCAAAUCAUCCUUCAGCUGUAAAUGUGCUCACCCAGCACAGUGAUGAUCUGGAACGAUUUAUGGAAAAUCAAGGUGCGUCCAGUCCAGGUAUCCUCAUUUUAACAACAAGCCUCAGCAAACCUUUCAUGCGACUGGAAAAGUAUGUUACACUCUUGCAAGAGUUGGAACGGCAUAUGGAGGAUACGCAUCCAGAUCACCAGGAUAUUCUGAAAGCAAUCAUAGCAUUCAAAACUCUCAUGGGGCAGUGCCAAGAUCUCAGAAAGAGAAAACAGCUGGAGCUGCAGAUCCUUUCGGAACCUAUUCAGGCAUGGGAAGGGGAUGAUAUUAAAACCUUGGGGAAUGUGAUCUUUAUGUCACAAGUCAUGGUGCAGUGUGGAACAAGUGAGGAAAAAGAGGAGCGGUACCUCAUGUUAUUUUCAAGUGUUUUGAUAAUGUUAUCUGCAAGUCCUCGGAUGAGUGGCUUUAUUUAUCAGGGAAAAAUACCAAUAGCAGGAAUGGUGGUGACUAGAUUAGAUGAAAUUGAAGGGAAUGACUCCACAUUCGAAAUCACAGGUAACAUAGUAGAGAGAAUUGUGGUCCACUGCAGCAACAACCAGGACUUCCAGGAUUGGCUGGAGCAUCUGUACAGGCUGAUCAGAGGACCUGCCUCUUGCAGUUCAUUAUCGAAAACAUCAUCAUCAUCUUGUAGUGCUCACUCCUCUUUUAGCUCUACUGGACAGCCCCGAGGACCCUUGGAGCCUCCUCAAAUUAUAAAACCGUGGAGCUUAAGUUGUCUACGACCUGCACCUCCACUUAGACCAUCAGCAGCACUAGGUUAUAAAGAGAGGAUGUCUUAUAUCUUAAAGGAGUCUAGUAAAAGCCCCAAAACGAUGAAGAAGUUUCUUCAUAAAAGAAAGACCGAAAGAAAACCAUCAGAGGAGGAAUAUGUCAUCCGGAAAAGUACCGCUGCUCUGGAAGAAGAUGCUCAGAUUCUGAAGGUGAUUGAAGCUUACUGUACCAGUGCAAGCUUUCCACAAGGCCAUGCCUCAAGUGCUCGCAAAGAUUCCAUUCCCCAAGUCUUACUCCCCGAGGAGGAGAAACUCAUCGUUGAAGAAACCAGAAGCAACGGCCAGACCAUCAUUGAAGAAAAGAGCCUUGUCGAUACUGUUUAUGCCUUGAAGGAUGAGGUCAAAGAGCUGAAACAGGAGAAUAAAAGAAUGAAGCAGUGCCUGGAGGAAGAGUUGAAAUCAAGAAGGGACCUAGAGAAGCUGGUCCGGAGGCUGCUGAAGCAAACUGAUGAGUGUAUUCGGGCCGAGUCCAGUAGCAAGACCUCCAUUCUCCCAUAACCAUCACUGUGCGGCUGGCAGAGGGUGCCUGUAGGGUGUUGGGAAAUGUCCAGCUGAGUGAUCUGACUCAGUUUGCUCACUUCUCUGGUUUUUAUUUCAUAUCUUUGUGUGUGUGUGUGUGUGUGUGUGUGUGUUUGGACGAGUGUUUGUAGUUGUUUGGUUAUUGGUUGGUUGUUUAUUUUUUUGACAGGAGUAAAAAAGCAAGAGGGGGUGGGAGAAGUCUCCCCAGAGUCUUUUCCAAUAGUAAGCAAAGGGAAGCUAUUGUAGGCAGAUGACUCACAGGGUCUUCAGAUGGCCUUCAACUCAUAGUGCCUCUUUACCAGCCAUUAUCCUUGGGUCACUCUUGUUGGGCUGGCUGCUCUCCCCAAGUGGCUGGCCAUGGCUUAUUAAAUGUGAACUUGACUUUCCCCCUAAUGCUUCCCUCUACCUGGCAGUCCCUCAGUACCUAAUUUACUGAAGGCAACAUUUCUGGAACUCUGACUGGGGAAGGUGAAAGGCAAAUAUGUUUGCCCAGUGAUCCAGCUGCCCUUCCCUGACCCAGCCUGUGCCACCCUCAAUACCCACUUUUUAAAAUGACUACCCUGUGUUAUCUAUAAGACCAAGAAAACUGUAGCACCCUUCCUCCUUUCGUGUUGGUUUAUGUUUCCAUUCUGUGGGGCAGAAGCUCUGGUCACCCACGCCAACACCAAAUCCAUUAGCAGCCUGCACUGGAGUGUCUUCCCCUCAGUAGCCGACUUGCCCAUCUCUUGCCAGUGCAUGCUAGGUUUUGUCCCUGGCCUUCUGCCUUGUGUAGAAGUUUUGUAUUUCCCCAGUGCUUUAAGCCAACCAUCCCAAUCGGUGUGUAAACUGGUUUGUGUGUGCUUUUGCUUUUUUAAAAUGUAAACUGUGAGCAGUUCCUUUUAUCUAUGUCACAUAUUCAAGUUGCAACUUCUCAUCCUUCAGUCUACACUGAGGUGAUGUGGCGCCCUAGCAGACAGCUUUAAUUCCCUUGAUUGUCCUCCCAUGUAUGCUGUGAGAUGCUGUAAUAAUCAUCAGCCUCUUUGAGUAGGACUCUAAGCUUGAUUUGCAGAUUUGUGCUGUUGGGCCAGUUUGUACAGCUGAAAGGAAAGGGCCCCUCUAGUAGCUGUGUGCUGGUUCCUAGCAAAGCUGAUUAUUUGGAACUGGUUUACUCAAGUUGUUCAUCGAAUCAAACCCUUGCUGAGGGUUUCUAAUAUCUGAGAAGUUAGAACUGUGAUAAACCGGGUGUAGAAGACGGUCAUGGCAGGGCAGCACACAUCCAAAUCCAGCACAGUUGAAGUAACAACCUGCCCCUGUCUCUCCCCAAAAGAGGCAAUUUGGCCAGAUGGGGGAGAUCGCUGGAAAGAGAGGUCAAGGACCAAUGGACAGAUCAAAGUUGUCUCCCAGAUACAUUCAGUAGGUACUUAUAACUGUGGGUUUUGCAAAUGUUGUUUAGAAACCAAACUUGAACUCCUCAGCUUGCUAAGCCCUUUUCCUUUUUAGUACGGGGCGGGGGGGGGUGGGUGGGUCUCAACUCCCAUAGCUACCUGUUAUGGGGCUGUUGACUGCUUGCCACACAGCAGAAAUUACAUCAUCCACAGGAAAUGGACUUUUCCUGCAGACCAAUCUCAGCCAACCACACACAGCUGUCUUUGGAAGCUGAAGACUGAAGAAGACUUCUUGGAAUGGCUGUGUUCUGUUUUUAGUCCAAUGAUUUAGACAUGCCAUCCUUCACUUCCAGAUGAAAAACAACAAUAACAACACAGAUCGUAGCAUCUGCCCUGUCUGUGGUUAGUCAAUGGCUUGCUAUAAAUGUGCAAACUAUA